ACCGAAUGGAGGCUUCAUCCGGUACUAGGUUGCACGUUAGUACCGGUUGAAACCUCCAUUUGAUACUAAAAGGGUUCACGAGAGUCUCGUUGGGGACUAGCUAUUAGGCUCGGUAUUGAUGUUCAUAUUAGUAUCAAGUUAAAAUACAACCUGACCCGACGAAUGGUUAGUUUUCCAGCGUUGGACGGCUUUGGACCAGCGCCACCACCUACUGGGCUGGGCCAGUCGCGGCGGCACCAGUCAGGGCUAGCUUCACCCAAGUAAGGGAGCGAACGCAUUGAUAUCGGCAGCGACCGACGUCAUCUCCAGGCUCUAGCUGGCCGUGCCGGCUACCGAUCGAUCCAGCCGAGCGUUAAGAAUGGACGACUUCACCUUCUUCCCCGCCACCACCACGAUGACGCCUGCAGAGAAGCUGCCGCCUGCCGCGGUCCCAUCAUCAGGCCCGCCGUCGUCGUCGGCGCCGUGCCGCAAGCUCCCGUUCUUCCGCUUCGUGCCGGCCGCCCCGCCUCCCUCUCCUGCGCCGCCGGCGGAGCCGACGAGCCGGGCCACCGGCGUCAUCAUGGCGGAAGAUCAAGAGCCGCGGCCGCCGGAGAAGAGCGCGGGACCGGGAGCGGGAGGAGACGCCGCGGCGGCGAAGGCCGCGGAGGUAGAGGACAGGAUGGACCAGCUGUGGGAGGACUUCAACGAGGAGCUGGGCCAGCUGGCGCGGGCGCGGGCGCGGCGCCGGCCGUGCGGCGGCUCCUGGCGCGACCGCCGCGACGACGGGCUGCUGGCGAUGGAGGGCAGCCGCACCCGCACGUGGUCGGAGCCGUCGCCGUCGCCGCCGUCGGACGCGGAGUCGGAGCCCGCGGCGCGCGCCGGGUGCGCGCCCGUGCUGCGGCCGUCGGCGAGGGCCGCCGCCGGGGCGAGGCACUGCCGCCGCCGCGCGGGGACGUGGGUGCUGCUCAUGCGGAUCUUCCGGAGGCUCUUCGUCAUCGAGAAGACCAUCUCCGAGGCCGCCGUCGCCAGGCAGCGAUCCAGCACCAGGGCGCGCUGAUGGCACGCACGUGCGCUUGGCUGCUUGCUGCCCGCGCAAUCGCUUCGCUUCCAUGACCAUGAGCGCGUGGUGAGUGACUUGGUCGGCCUGCAAGAACCAUGCGUGCAUGCUUCUGAUGCAGGAACCAUGCACCCAUGGGUAAAUUAUGUUACUCCAUUAGACAUAUAUACAAGUAAUGAUCGAGAUUUGUUCUUUGACGCUGUAAGCCUCUCUGUAAUUAGGGUUCAUUAGCAGAUACAGAGAAAUCAAAGUAGUCCAUAGCAAUGAUGCAAUGUCACUCCAUUUCUCAUUCUUCUGUCCACUUCACUUCCUCCGUAUAUCAAUCAUCUAUCAAUCUGAUUCAA